AGCGCGAACUUGCACUCACUAGUGGAUCUAUAGAUUGAAAUGGCGUAUAAAAAGAUUUCAAAUCAAGAAACGUACGACUAUAUGUUCAAAGUCUUACUGCUUGGAGAUGCCGGUGUUGGAAAAACAAGUCUUAUGUGGAGAUUUUCAGAUGAUGUGUUCAAUCAUACAUAUAUUUCCACCAUUGGGAUUGAUUUCAAGUUACGCACCAUCGAAGUACAAGGACAGAAAGUACGCCUGCAAGUCUGGGAUACAGCGGGCCAGGAAAGAUUUCACGCUAUUAGCGUGUCUUACUACAGAACAGCUGCAGGAAUCAUGCUUGUUUACGACAUCACGCGCCGGCGAUCGUUCGAGAACAUAGCUAAGUGGUUAAGGAAAAUUGAUGAACAUGCUAAGGAAGACGUCAUCAAACUGCUUAUAGGAAACAAGUGCGAUAUGGAACAGCCAAGAGCUGUUAUGCGUGAGGAAGGAGAGAAGCUGGCCGAUGAAUACGACAUGGCUUUCUUUGAAACCAGCGCCAAGGAAAACGAAAGCAUCAAUGAAGCGUUUGAGUGCAUUGUGGAGGAAAUUAUGAAAAGAUUCGUGCCAGGAUGGGGUUUAAAAGAGAAAGACAAGCCCACGAAAGACGCUGUAGUGGAAAUUAAGAAGAAAAGUCGCUUUGCCAAAAACAAGGAGAAAAAGUGCUGUUAAGAAAGUCUUUCAUAUUGACUGUAUUACUGACAGAUAGACAAUAUUUUCCAAAUUAACUUUAUUACAGUUGGCAUGAAGGGUUGUAUUUCGGUUUCUUGCAGAGGCGAAAGAUCACACACUUAUUUCUACCUCACGCUGUUUUGUUUACAUUUCCUUUCGAGACAGGUAUCUAAUUAAUAUUUUAGGUGUAGAAAUACAACAGUUCUUGCAUAUCCAAAUUAAAAUAUAUUUAGGUACAAGUCUGUUUUAGAUACACUGAACGCCGAUAAGUUACUUUCUAACGUUCGUAUUUAAAUAAUAAUAGCUGGCAGCUCAAAUAAAAAAGAAUUACUUUAA